CAUUCUCAUCCAGGCUAUCGGCUCCUUUGGCACCUGUGCCCUCGGUGGCAGUGCUUGCCAGCCCUCCGAGAAGGACGGCCUGAAAUGGACCUCGCUGUUAAACUGCAGAGCCUGCAGGUCAUGCAUAGUUGGAUCUCCAGCUUUUUUAACCUGGUCUGAUGCUAAUGGAGAAAGAUCUCGUCAUGCUUGGGUGCCUUCAGACGAGGGAGCAGCGGCAGCGGCUCAGACGCGAUGAAUCAACUCACGUUCGGGUCACGUGACAGCUGCUCGUCGCCGUCGCCACAGCCUGGUUCAUUCUCAACCAGACUACACUCGUGUUUAUCGGCGAAGUCAUGGCAGACCGCGGCGUGGAUUUGUCCGCCCUGCCAAAAGAGGUUAGAGACCAGUUGGCGGAGUUGGAUCUGGAGCUGUCUGAAGGUGACAUCACACAGAAGGGCUAUGAGAAGAAGAGAGCCAAGCUGCUGGCCUCCUACAUCCCCCAUUUGCCAAAUGCGGGUCUGUCUCUGCCAGAUGUGCAGCUUUCCCCAAGCCACAGUGCCGACCCCAGCCCGAGUCCUGAGGCCCCGGGCCCCUCCACCUCUUCAGCCUCCCGACACCACCGCGCACACCGCAGUGGAGGGGCCAGGGAUGAGCGCUACAGAUCAGACAUUCACACAGAAGCUGUGCAGGCAGCUCUGGCCAAACACAAAGAAGAGAAGAUGGCACUUCCCAUGCCCACCAAGAGACGAUCAGCCUUUGUCCAGUCUCCCAUAGAUACUUGCACACCUCCAGACACAUCUUCUGCAUCAGAGGAUGAAGGCUCGCUGCGCAGAAAGACGGCUCUCAGCGCGGUGCUAGCCCAGACCCUGCAGAGCCCCGAUUACUGGAUAAACCGCUCCGUCCAAAGCUCUUCCACGUCCUCAUCUGCGUCCUCCACCCUCUCCCAUGGAGAGCCCAAGACCCAGCCCCAGCCCCAGCUUCAGCCCCCGCCUGCUGCUUCCCUGUUAGCCGACGUUCUGGCCCACACACGUAUAGAGAACAGCGUCCCCCCAGAUGUGACGUCCUCCACUCCACAGGAGAGAGGAUCCAGGGUGGACCUCCCCCCAGCAGUCAGGGGCAUGAGUCGUGGACAGAGCCGCUCCAGCAUGCUGGACACUGCAGACGGAAAAAGAAAAGGCGUGCCUGUCAAUAGCAGGGUGUCCACUAAGAUCCAGCAGCUGUUGAACACUCUGAAACGCCCCAAGAGACCACCGCUCAGCGAAUUCUUCCUGGAUGACUCUGAGGAGAUCGUAGAAGUUCCUCAGCCAGACCCCAACACCCCGAAGCCAGAGGGGCGUCAGAUCAUCCCGGUGAAGGGGGAGCCCCUGGGAGUGGUCAGUAACUGGCCUCCCGCUCUGCAGGCCGCCCUGGCCCGCUGGGGGGCCACGCAAGCCAAGAGCCCCGCCCUCACCGCUCUGGAUAUCACCGGCAAACCCCUCUACACACUCACAUAUGGCAAACUGUGGAGUCGCAGUCUGAAGCUGGCCUACACGCUGUUGAAUAAGUUAGGCACCAAGACCGAGCCUGUGCUACAGCCUGGAGAUCGAGUGGCGUUGGUGUAUCCGAACAGUGACCCUGGCAUGUUCUGGGUGGCUUUCUAUGGCUGCCUGUUAGCUGAGGUCAUCCCUGUGCCCAUUGAGGUUCCUCUGUCCCGACAGGACGCUGGCAGCCAGCAGAUCGGCUUCCUAUUGGGCAGCUGUGGUGUGAGUUUGGCGCUGACCAGUGAGGUGUGCCUCAAAGGGCUGCCAAAGACACCAAAUGGAGAGAUCAUCCAGUUCAAAGGAUGGCCACGGAUGAAAUGGGUUGUGACGGACACCAAGUACCUGACCAAACCAUCCAAAGACUGGCAGCCUCACAUCCCCACGGCCAACACAGACACCGCCUACAUAGAGUAUAAAGCCAGUAAGGAGGGAACGGUGAUGGGAGUAGCUGUAUCCAAGAUCUCGAUGCUGACACACUGUCAAGCCCUGACCCAAGCCUGUAACUACUGUGAAGGGGAGACACUGGUCAAUGUGCUGGACUGCAAGAAGGACAUGGGCAUGUGGCAUGGCGUCUUAACGAGUGUCAUGAACAGAAUUCACACCAUCACUGUGCCAUAUGCUGUCAUGAAAGCCUGUCCCAUGUCCUGGGUGCAGAGGGUCCACAUCCACAAAGCACGUGUGGCCUUGGUGAAAUGCCGUGACCUCCACUGGGCCAUGAUGGCCCACAAGGAGCAGAAGGACACAAACUUGUCCUCUAUACGAAUGCUUAUAGUGGCUGAUGGUGCGAAUCCAUGGUCCGUAUCCUCGUGUGAUGCCUUCCUGAAUGUGUUCCAGUCACAUGGUCUGAAGCCAGAGGUCAUUUGUCCGUGUGCCACCUCCCCCGAGGCCCUGACGGUGGCCAUACGCAGGCCUGGAGCUCGAGGAGCUCCACUACCAGCCCGGGCCAUCCUGUCCAUGGGCGGGCUGAGCCACGGAGUGAUCAGGGUGAACACAGAAGACAAGAACUCCGCUCUCACCGUACAGGAUGUGGGCCACAUCAUGCCUGGAGCUCUGAUGUGCAUUGUGAAACCAGACGGGCCCCCUCAGCUGUGUAAGACGGAUGAGAUCGGGGAGAUUGUGAUCAACUCUCGGGCUGGUGGCACCAUGUACUACGGCCUCCCCGGUGUCACUAAGAACACGUUCGAGGUGAUCCCUGUCAACCAAGCCGGAGCACCCAUCGGAGAAAUUCCCUUCACUCGGACUGGUCUGCUUGGAUUUGUGGGACCGGGGAGUCUGGUGUUUGUUGUGGGGAAGAAUGAGGGGCUCCUGAUGGUGAGUGGGCGACGACACAACGCUGACGACCUGGUGGCCACGGCGCUGGCAGUGGAGCCCGUCAAAACCGUUUACAGGGGGAGGAUCGCUGUGUUCUCGGUCACGGUGUUUUAUGAUGAGAGGAUAGUGAUCGUGGCAGAGCAGAGGCCCGAUGCCAGUGAAGAAGACAGCUUCCAGUGGAUGAGCCGCGUACUGCAGGCCAUCGACAGCAUCCAUCAGGUUGGGUUGUACUGCCUCGCGCUCGUCCCAGCCAACACCCUCCCGAAGACCCCACUGGGAGGCAUCCACAUCUGUGAAACCAAGCAGAACUUUCUGGAAGGAAACCUGCACCCCUGCAACAUCCUCAUGUGCCCGCACACCUGCGUCACAAACAUGCCCAAGCCGCGACAGAAGCAGCCAGUGGACGUGGGUCCAGCUUCCAUGCUGGUCGGUAACUUGGUGGCUGGGAAGCGGAUCGCUCAGGCUACAGGCAGAGAGCUGGGUGUGGUGGAGGACCAGGAUCUCAUUCGAAAGCUCUGUAUGUGGCCCACCAUGAUGCACCAGUUCUUGUCUGAAGCUCUGCAGUGGAGAGCCCAAACCGACCCCGACCACGUUCUGUACGUGCUGCUCAAUGCAAAGGGGUUACCAGUGUGCACAGCAACUUGCAGUCAGCUGCACAAGAGAGCGGAGAAAAUCACAGCGACUCUGAUGGAGAGAGGAGGCCUCAACACAGGAGACAACGUGGUGCUGCUAUAUCCUCCCGGUAUUGACCUGAUAGCUGCCUUUUAUGGCUGUCUCUACGCGGGGGUCAUCCCUGUUACAGUGAGGCCUCCACACCCACAGAACCUGGCUGCUACGCUCCCCACUGUCCGCAUGAUCAUCGAUGUGAGCAAAGCUGCCUGCAUCCUCACCACUCAGCCUCUCAUGAGGACCCUGCGGUCCAGGGAGGCAGCGACCAGCGUCAACGUCAAAACAUGGCCCACGAUCAUUGACACAGAUGAUCUUCCCAGAAAGCGGCCUCCACACAUCUAUAAACCUCCUACAGCCGAGAUGCUGGCCUACCUGGACUUCAGCGUGUCCACCACCGGCAUGUUGACCGGAGUCAAGAUGUCCCAUGCUGCAGUCAGCACUCUGUGCCGCUCCAUCAAGCUGCAGUGUGAGCUCUACUCCUCUCGCCAAGUAGCCAUCUGCCUGGACCCGUACUGUGGCCUGGGUUUCGUCCUGUGGUGCCUCUCCAGCGUUUACUCAGGUCACCAGUCCAUCCUUAUCCCUCCUCUGGAGCUGGAGAGUUCGCUGUCCGUGUGGCUGAACACGCUCAGCAGCAAUAAGAUCAGAGACACGUUCUGCUCGUACUCGGUCAUGGAGCUCUGCACCAAAGGCCUGGGCACGCAGACGGAUAUUUUGAAGGCGCGGGGUCUCAAUCUGUCGUGCGUGCGCAGCUGCGUGGUGAUCGCCGAGGAGCGUCCUCGCCUCGCUCUCUCUCAGUCCUUCUCCAAGCUCUUCAAAGACCUCGGCCUGUCGCCGCGCGCCGUCAGCACCGCCUUCGGCUCCAGGGUCAACCUGGCCAUCGGCCUGCAGGGCACCGCUGGACCGGACCCCUCCACCGUCUAUGUUGACAUGAAGUCUCUGCGUCACGACAGGGUGAGGCUAGUGGAACGAGGAGCGCCGCAGAGUCUUCCACUCAUGGAGUCGGGCACUAUCCUGCCGGGGGUGAGGGUCAUCAUCGUGAACCCUGAGACCAGAGGCCCACUGGGAGACUCGCAUCUCGGGGAGAUCUGGGUGAACAGCCCUCACAGUGCUAGCGGCUACUACACCAUCUACGGGGAGGAGAGCCUGCAGGCGGAUCAUUUCAACACCAGACUCAGUUUUGGGGAGCCCCAGACUCUGUGGGCCAGGACGGGAUACCUGGGCUUCAUCAAGAGAACAGAGCUGCUGGAUGCGAGCGGAGAUCGCCAUGAUGCCUUGUUUGUGGUGGGUUCCCUCGAUGAGACCUUGGAGCUGAGGGGUCUGCGCUAUCACCCCAUCGACAUCGAGACGUCCGUGUCCCGAGCCCAUCGCAGCAUAGCAGAGAGCGCCGUGUUCACGUGGACCAACCUGCUGGUGGUGGUGGCGGAGCUGAGCGGCUCGGAGCAGGAGGCCCUGGACCUGGUGCCCCUCGUCACCAACGUGGUCCUGGAGGAGCACCACCUCAUCGUCGGGGUGGUGGUGAUCGUGGACCCCGGGGUGAUCCCCAUCAACUCCAGGGGAGAGAAGCAGAGGAUGCACCUGCGAGACUCCUUCCUGGCCGACCAACUGGACCCCAUCUACGUGGCCUACAACAUGUGAACGCCCUCCGCCGACCGACACGGGAAACCGAGCCCGGCGCUGAGAACAGACGUGAGGGAGAAGGACCUGGGGUUGGAAAACGGUGGCCACCCCAGCGUUAAAAACCUCAGACGCACACACACACACACACACACACGCACACACACACACACACGCACACACACACACACCAAACGAUGUGGGAAAGCCAGAACAGUGUCACGACAACAUGCUUCCCUCUCAGAAACUGUUCCUUCUUUGCUUCCACCUGUUUGAUCGCUGCAGUCCAGGUUCACUGGUUCCUACUAGGGGAGGGGGGGGGGGGGGCGACUCUCCUCUCGUCUCCUCUUCAUAGUAGACACAUCUGUCAACUGGAAGGAAUCGGAUCUGUCCGCGUCCCUCUUCUCCCUCAUCGGUCCAGUUCAUGUUUUUAAGACAUUUUAGUUACAUACUUUCAUCAAAGAAAGAAAGAAACCCUUCCUCAUUCCAUUCCUGUGUUUGUACCCACACACCCUUGUUGUUUUUUUAUUUCUCUCUGUUCUUGAAGGCGGGACUGGAACUUUCCCCCUUUGCACUUUACGUCCUCGCGCCCCCCCCACCCCCUCGGAGUCCACUUCCCGUCUCGCCCGCCUGAAGGGAGACUCGCUUUCGUGUCGGCUGCUUUCCCGAAGAGCAAAAUCCGCAUCAGUAUUAAAAAAAAAAAAAAAAAAAAAAAAAAAAAGUGCCACCAGCAAGCGGCGGCCGCGACGCGUCACCUUCCCACCUGGUGCUCCGUGGCUCUCACCUCCCCCAUCGCAUCGCAGCAGACGCGGCGUCGGCAUUCACUCACAGCAAAGAGUCUAUAACAAAUACACUUGAAUUGUUGGUGUGGGAAAAGAAAGGCUGGAUAGUAAAGAUGAAACAGAUUCUUCGUUUUCAGUAAGAGUUAGGAGAGUUAGGUAGUUCGUAUGAUUGUGAUAAGUACUAAUAAUCCCUUUUUUUUUUUUUUUUAAAGAAAAAAACAAAAAAACAUCCAUUUUCAGAGCAGGUUUUUGGGGCUGUACCUGGUGUUUAGGUGAGCAUGCAAACUGAGAGUGAAAUCGACGUCUACAUGCAGGAAAAUAAAAAAACAAAAACAAGCCAGGGAGUGUCAGAGCGAUGGGUUGGUUAGUUUUUUUGCCUGCGUUGAAUAUUGAGACUCCAAUUAAAUCACAUUCACCGUCACAGCCCUCAACAUCCUUUAUUUCCUUAAGAAAUAAAUACCUGACCUUAUUUUAAACACAAAGAAGAGUUUUUAAUAACAUUUACUGUUGUUCUUGGGGUAUUUCUAAUCUUUUCAAUGAUUUUAUUUUUUUUAAAUUUGUUGCAUGACAGAAAAACAAAAACAUUUUAAGCAGUUUUCACUUAUUAAGACGUGAAAUAAAAGCAUGUUAUGUUGUAUUCAAAUGUAAAGAUGGAGAAAAAUGCUGCAAAAAAAAAAAUUAUUGAACUGUGAUAUUUUAUUUUAUUUUUUUAAAUAUAUAAUCUUUGAAAUAGUUCUUUGUUUUGCAGCACGCUAACUAUUUUUAAUUUCUGUAAAUACCCUCAGAACAUCAGUAUGUGUUGUGUUCACAGACCGUCUGGAUUAUUCAGAGCUUUCUGGGUUUUUUAUUUUCCAGAAAAUCUGAUGCUUAUGAAUGUAUCGGUAACAAUAGACAAGAGCCACAAACUGUUUGUCGACAUCCUUGAUUUGAGCAAUGACAAACAAAAAUAUACUCUGAAAAGUUCCCGUACGAGUUCAGAGGUGAACGUCCUCUCGUUAAAACGGUUGAAAGUAAAAUGCAAGUAACCUUGAGGUGAUUUUAUUUGACUGCUUCCUGGUUUGAACUGAGCUGCUGGUGCGUAGUUGUCCACCUGAAGUCAACCUCUCACUUAAUGUCGAUAAGAUAAAUCAUCAGAAGGCAACUCAGUGCCUUUUUAUCAUGGGGACAUUUCUGAUUAUAAACUAUUGAGUUUCUAAAAAAAAAAAAAAAAGAUAAAAAAGAAAAAAUAUCAAGAAGGAGACGUUGCCUUACUAAACCUGUGGAACUUCCUUUAUUGUGACUUCCACCAAAUCUACACGAGGAACCAGUUUAAAAUCAUAUCGCAUAUUUUUAGAGGAAGAGGGAGUUGUCUGUAGUUUGUUUUAUUUUGUUUUGUUUUUAAGUUUGUGGUCAUGCCUUUCUGAUUUCAACAUCAUUAUUUAAUUAAACCAAUUCUUUCUGAAUGUCUUUAACACUGAAAAAAAUAAUAAUAAAUGAAUAAACGAGCAACAACCCGUAAGCAACCUGUGAUUUAAAGAUAAAAGUAAAAAAAAAAAAAAAGGCAGUAUCCUCCUUUAAAAGAAGAAAAAGUGAAGUAACAAAAUGAGGGUGAAGAUGUCUGUAUACUGUAUUAGAGGUCAAAUACUGUAUUACUGGUGUUCAUGUGUACAUUGAAAUGACUUCUGUAGAUAAAAAAGAAACAACAAACUUGACUGAUCUUUCAUACUUGACAGCAUUUUUUCUGCAUUUAAACAACAUCGCAUCGCAACAAGAGACAAAAAAAAAAGUUUUCCAAUUAUUUGGGCAGGAACAAUGUGCACUUUUCCAGUUAUCAUUUUAUGUGUCUAUGAGGAAGUGUGUGUGUGUGUGUGUGAGAGUGUGUUAGUGGAUAUUUGGCUUUAUGGUGCAACAAGGUUUGUCUUUUGUAAGAAAUUUAUCCCAAAAUAUUGAUAACUCUUUUUUUUCCUUUUUUUUUAUUUUAUUUUAUUAUUUUUUUUUAAUGUCGUCUCCACUGUAUUUUUACUGUUUCCAUCCAGAAUUGGAGUUUAAUAUAUUUUAUAAGGGGUUUCAUCGAUAAUGUUCCUGAUGCAAGCUUUUAUUUGGAUCUUCUGCAAACAGCUGGUUGGAUUUAGGAGCAGUACAAAAAAAAAUAAACCACUUUUCAUUUACUCCUGAAAAACGAAGUGAAGCUUCUUGAGCUGCUGUGUGAUAAAUGCUUUGUCGCUUUUAAUAAAGUUUUAUAAUUUCAUGUUGGCCUUCAAGCCUUUUCAAUAGACAUUGGUGCUAUUCAACAAAGGAAAGAGUUUUUAUUUUUUUUCUGUCCUCCAAUGUCAUUACAAAAAAAAAGGGUUUUUCCCUUUUGUUUAUGUGAAAACAAAUCCUUGUUUUUUAUUAUUAUUAUGAUUAUUAUUAUUCCAUCAUCUCAUUUCACUCACUGCUCCGUAAUAAACCUGUGGAACAGUCUCCCGACCCGGACGCAUCCUCCAUUCCCAUCUCAGUAUUUACUUUCAAGCUGUGUAUGUGAGGAGAUGUUUCAAACCUCCAAAGUUAUUCUAAGCACAAAAUGUACACGUGAGGUAAAUGAAAUUGGGAUCUUUCACACAAAAAUAAAGAGGAAAAACAAAAACUCAAGGGCCCCGCAAUGUAUACCUCAACAACUGUCUGUUCACUAUGCAUCGUCGAGCUGCAGCAGAGACAUUCUGAUCUAGUCUAAUGGUGCGAGAACUUCUAACAAACAUGUCUUACUUGACAAAAACACUGUCACACUGUCAUUGGAUGUGUUUCAUGUCAAAUAAAAAAAUAAAUAAGUAAAUAAA